AGUUGUAGUCCGCUCCUCCCUCUAGACUCUGGAGUUACCUCUUCCUGUCCUCGGCGCUAUCUUCCUCUGUCCGGCGUAUUGUUAGGAAAGCGGCUAUUUCUUUCUGUCCUCCCCAGCGAUAUGUCGUGACUUUCCAGCCGGCUAGAGGCUUCCCCAGCACUGUGAAUCAGCCUAUCCCGCAGGCAGACUUCCAUCUCUCCGAACAGGCCGCGGGCCCCCGGGGGGGUCAGAGAGGAGCAGCUAUGGCUCGGCCCAUCAUGCCGGUACCCAGCUCACAGAAAGCCCUGCUGCUAGAACUCAAGGGCCUACAGGAGGAACCGGUGGAGGGCUUUAGGGUGAACCUGGUGGACGAUGGAGAUCUGUAUAACUGGGAGGUUGCCAUAUUCGGCCCUCCCAAUACCUUCUACGAGGGGGGCUACUUUAAGGCUCGUCUGAAGUUCCCUGUAGACUAUCCAUAUUCACCCCCCGCAUUCCGCUUUCUUACAAAAAUGUGGCAUCCCAAUAUUUAUGAGAAUGGCGAUGUGUGUAUUUCUAUCCUACACCCUCCAGUAGAUGAUCCGCAGAGCGGAGAGUUGCCAUCAGAGAGGUGGAACCCUACACAGAAUGUGCGAACCAUUCUUCUCAGCGUCAUCUCUCUCCUUAAUGAGCCAAACACUUUCUCUCCAGCCAAUGUCGAUGCUUCUGUCAUGUACCGAAAAUGGAAGGACAGCAAGGGGCGGGACAGAGAGUACACAGACAUUAUUAGAAAACAAGUCCUAUCCACGAAGGCUGAUGCAGAACAUGAUGGAGUAAAAGUCCCUACCACACUAGCUGAAUACUGUGUAAAGACAAAGGCUCCAGCUCCAGAUGAGGGAUCUGACCUGUUCUAUGAUGACUACUAUGAAGACGAUGAAAUGGAGGAGGAGGGGGACAGCUGUUUUGAAGACCAAGAUGAUUCUGGGAAUGAGGAAUCUUGACGCUGACUGCAACUCCCCAGUCCCAAACUCCUUCACUUUCUCUCUCCUUGUCAAUAAAACAGACGCAAUUUAUUUUUCCACUUCGUAUUUCCUUGGGCCUGAGCAAGAAAUGAUCCACCUAAGGUCACCCAUUGUGUGCAGUAUUGGGGAGAGAAAGGGGAAGCAUGAUUGCUUUGGUAGGUCCUGUUAAGAAGCAUCCGUGAGGCUACACGAGCUGCUGUAAAGGCUGCUCAAUUUCUGCAGUUCAAGCGUGUGUCACAAGAUGGCAGUAGAAUGCUUUGAGAUUUCUGCUGCUGGCGUACUGCUCUGCCACCACCUUCCUAAUACCUACUCAUGUUCAGACUGCAGUGCAGAGUUGAAGUGGCAGGGUGGAAGGAGCUGAAUUUUUUUAUUUUAUUUUGGUAAUGAGGUGGAGGGGGCUGCUUUAAGAUUAUCUGCUGUUUUAGAUUUGAUCACACACUGUAUUUACUCUAUUUUCCUUUUGGGUGGGAGUGGGUUGGUAUGAGGUGUGUGCGUGUGUGUGCAUUUUUUUUCCUCUUAUUUUGAAAGUAUUUAAUAAUAAACACCCUAAAAAGUG